AUUUCACGCCUACACAUGGCGGACAUGAUGGACGAGAAGUAUGGGAAAAUCGGUGGAACUUCCAUUGAAACACCGCUUAAUUGCAAACAACUCAUUAGUUUGAACUACCCUGGUGUCGUCAAGAAUCCUUCGAUGAUGAUAGAAACACUUGGUGGAGAAAGCAAGUUGACAAAGGCUUUCAAUGAUGACCAUGCACCCUCUCACUCAACUUCCAGCCUGGUAACCCUUACUGUAAGCCAGCUCGAGGCGUGGCCUGCAGGUCUACAUCCCUACUCAUGAAGGUCAA